AUGGGAAACUGGAGCAGGGAUUCCACCAUCCUGCAAGGUGCCAAAGUCGUCGGAAUGACCACGACGGGUCUGAGCAAGUACCGAGGUCUUGUCGCCAGCCUGAACCCUCAAGUCGUGGUGAUUGAAGAGACGGCUCAAGCCAUCGAAACACCUGUCACCUGUGCUGUGCAUGAGCUGGCAGGCCCGCCGUUCCACCUUGACAUCUCCAUGUUCGAGCGUCUUAUUACGAACAACAUGACAUUUACCAAGCUGCAAGAACAGCGACGAAUGGCGCCCGAGAUUAGAGCACUCCUGACACCCAUUUAUGGAAAUUUGCUUGACCACCGCUCGGUUCACAAGCGGCCUCCAGUUUCUGGAAUGGGAGAUGUUCGACUGUUUUUCAUGACCCACAACUUUCUCGAGGACAAUGAAAACCUCGCCUCCAAGUUUAAUGAGUUCGAAGCAUCCAUGGUGACGGAGUUUUACGCCUAUCUCGUGAUGAACGGCAUCUCGGACCGCAAAAUCACCAUUUUGACAUUCUAUCAAGGUCAAAAAAAGAAGAUUCUCAAGAUGGUCAAGACCCAUCAGCAUUUGACCCGUAGCUUUGUGAACGUGGCCACCGUUGAUUCCUAUCAGGGCGAUGAGAAUGGCAUUAUUCUUCUUUCCCUUGUCCGAAGUCAUGCAUAG